CCGCUGAAAUGCCUGAACCGAAAUCUGCGCCCGCACCCAAGAAGGGUUCCAAGAAAGCCGUUUCAAAAACCCAAGCUAAAGGUGGAAAGAAGCGCAAGAGGACUAGGAAGGAAAGCUACGCCAUUUACGUGUACAAGGUGCUUAAGCAAGUCCAUCCCGACACGGGGAUUUCUUCUAAGGCGAUGGGAAUUAUGAAUUCAUUCGUGAAUGACAUCUUCGAGCGUAUCGCUGGUGAGGCUUCUCGUCUAGCGCACUACAACAAGCGCUCCACUAUCUCUUCCCGGGAGAUCCAGACUGCCGUUAGGCUUCUCCUUCCCGGAGAGUUGGCUAAACACGCCGUGUCCGAGGGCACCAAGGCAGUUACCAAGUAUACCAGCUCAAAGUAAAUAGAGAUUAUCAGUAGAAAUCAACGGCUCUUUUCAGAGCCACCCA